AACAACCGAGCGAAAACGUAUAAUAGGUGAAGUGACCCGUUUUUGACUAUUUUCAUCAAAAACUAAAAAAUUCAUAACUCACUCAAAACCCAUUCAACCUACUCUAGAAUGUCACCAAAUACUCUAUUUAUCUGCUCAUUCUGAUUCUGGACUUAAAAUCAAUAAAAAAUAUUCUCUUAGUUCCCAAGGUUUCUAGGAAACCUUUCGAGAAAUCAAAGUAUUUUUGUUGGUUUUUUCAACAUUUUUUGAGCUUUACAGUAUGUUGCAGAUAAAGUAGAGUAUUUGGUGGCAUUAUAAAGUAGGUUGAAUAGGUUUUGAGUGAGUUAUGAAUUUUUUAGUUUUUGAUGAAAAUAGGCAAAAAUGGGUCACUUCACCUAUUAUACGUUUUCGCUCGGUUGUUGCAUUUUGUUCUGAAACCUAACACUGCCACGAGAUUUAGCAUAGUCGAUAACCUACGUUUGCAUAUACUUUUAAGAUUUCCCUGGCUAAGGAUAGUCCGAUAGAUAGGUCUUCGGAGAACCGCUGCAGUUUCUGAACCGUGGUAGAUGGAGAUCUGGGACUUCUAUAGAUGUAAAGAGAAGAUAUCGCUCUAUAUUUGAGAUGCUUUUAAAGUCUAGGUGGUUAUGAUUUUUUUUGGAAUGGAGAUGCCUGUCUAUGCUCAUGGUAGACCUGACAGAAAAUUUUGACUUUCAAUAGAUCGAUGUCCACCGGUGUUUACUAUCGAAAAACGAAAACCGCUGAUCUCCAUCUCUUUGUGUUCAAAAGCUAUUCCAAAAAUAUCGGAGGACAGUAUAUCUUGAAAUGGAUAGUAAGUGUGUAAACCUUCUAAAGAUUCACUCGACAUCGAAACGUGUGUAGCUUCUCUUGGUGAUUAAUCUCAGUGUGUAAAGAGCUUGGUAUGUUAAAAAGGUUUCUUAUUUUUCACUAUAUCUUCAAAUGGAUAGUAGUAGCACACUUUAUUUUUUACAGUGUAUAUAACUGAACUAGGGCAUCAUUAGAUGCUAAGAUACGACAUGAAAAAGUGACUCCCUUCUAGAAUACACGACAAAGAAACAUGAUAUAGAAUGUAAAAUAACAAAUAUUCAUUUGUAGGAAUUGGCUUCAAAUCAGUAUUUAUGAUAUCUCAUCGUCCAGAAAUUCAUUCGGGACCUUAUCAUUUUUGUUUUGAUACAGUCAAUGGUACCGAACAAAUGGGUUAUAUUCGACCAAUUUGGCUAGAAGAAUACGAUGAAAUAUUACCAUCAACUGAUGAAUGGACAACAUGCAUUCGUCUACCGAUUAAACAAGAGAAGCAAGGUGAUCGAUCAAGAAAUUUUGACGAUAUUCAUGCUAGAUUAUUACUUUUUCUUAAUCGUCUUCGACAAAUUGAAAUUGUCCGUCAACAAGGAAUUAAUGAGACAAAUAAUCGAAUAUUUACUCGAAUCGAUCAUGCUAAUGGACAAAUUAUUGAAUUGCAAGAGAGAACAAAAACUUCGGAAAAAAUUACUAAAAAUUUUUGGUUUGUUCUUAAGAAAGUUAUUCAAGUACCGGCCGAACUUAAGGCGAAACUGAGUGAUAUCAAAUGUGAUGUUGAAUCUACAACAAUUGCCAUUGCUUAUCCAUUAAAUGCCAUUUAUGAAUCAUCAUCAUUUCAAAUUUUAUCAACACAACCACUCUUUGCCUAUUUACCACUUCGUUCAUAUGGUUUUCGUUUUAUUCUUCAAGCUGAUUUUGAAAUUCCAGCUACUCGACAAGAAAUUCUACGUGAUAAUGUGUGGAACGAAUGGCUCAAAACAGAAAUGAUUCAACUUGUUCCAUUAGCCUAUGAACAAUUUCAGCAUUUACCCGAACUUCUUACUUCUUCCUCACUCGAUUUUGAACAACAUACUCAUCUAUUAACAUCAAUACAAACACUCAAAUAUUUUCUCAAAUUGAUUCCAGCUCGAAAUGAAAUCGAUCCAUACUUUAAUACAUUUAUCGAUAAGAGUGUUCAAUUGCUUAUGGGCAUCAUCCAAUUUCCUGUUAUUCGUGAAGAUAAAAAUGGAAUCAUUGAAUGGAUUUCACCAACGAAAUGUAUUCUUGUUCGAGAUCCUUUUAUACGACAAAUUUUCUCUCAAGAUUUGCUGUUGUCUCAUUUUAACAGUUAUUAUCUUGAUGAACAAAUUAUCAUGGAAUGUGAUGAGACAAUUUUAAUUAGAUUAGGCUGUCGAAGACUUGAUUUUUCCGAUAUUCUACGACUUAUUCGAACAUUGUACACACAAAAUGAACAGGAACAUUCGACAAAAACAACAAGUAUCGAACAGAUCGCUCAAUGGUUCCUGUGUAUCGACUAUAGUCUACAACAAGAACGAGAAAAACCUGGAUUUAAUAUAGAUCAUAAUGAUGGAACCGAAAUGACAACAAUGGCUGAGUUGAAAAAAAUGAAAAUCAUUCCAUUACGACAACAAACACGAUUGGUAUCUGUUGAAGAAUUUGAUCAACGAGCGAUUCUAUUUCCAUUCGACAAAACAACUCCAUAUGCAAAACAUCUUAAAAUUGUUCUCGAAGAUUUACCAACAAUCGACGAACGAUUACUUGAAUUUAUUGAGAACAAGUAUCCACGACGGCUCGAUUCGAUCAAACGGUUACUGAGAGAUUUAGGUGUCAGUGAUUCACGUAACAUUCGAAAAAUAUAUUCCAAUCAUAUUUUGCCCGUAAUCUCGGAUGAUACUCAAUGGUCGACCAAAUCCGAUUCUGUACUUAUUGCCUAUCUCAUUUGUAUUUACAAAGAACUCUAUUAUCCUCAACCGGAUCUGUUUUUGAAUGAAAUUGAUAAGUUAAAAAGUAAAUUGAUUAUUAAGAUACGCGAAGGGAAAUUUGUUCGUACUAAUUCAAAUGGUGCGAAUAUCGUUCAUUUAACAUCAUUGUAUGGAUGUGAACGAUCGCUCGAUUCAUUAACUUUAUCAAUGGAUCAAUUCACAUUUAUCUCAGAUGAUUAUUAUAAUCAAUAUAGAACAGAACUCUUUUAUCAAGACACCGAAAGAAAGAAAUUCGUACGUUUUCUCAAUGAACUCGAUCUUCAUGAUUUUUUUCUAGUAAAUAUGACUGACAAUCCCUUUAUUAAUGUCGAACAGCUUGCCGGAACUCAAUGGGCUUAUGAGAUUAAAACAUUGACCCCGUUACUUUACGAACCUUUCAUAGUAAAAGAUUAUCGUUGCGAUGAAUUUGACACACUUGUUUCGUCAAAGGAUAAUAAUGAUGUCACUCGAUACACGCAGAUUCUGCUCUAUUUAGAUCGUUGGUGUCAAUCUAUGUCUGCCUUUUAUGUAGCGUCUGUUAUUCGAGCUCGUGGUCGGCAUGUUACAACACUGGCACCGGUGAAAGGUAUCGAAUCUUCGUUUUGUCUUUCGUUGAGAAAACAUAGUUGGAUACCAGUCGCUGGCGGACAAUUGUUCAAACCGACCGAUGUCUAUUUUUUACCAUUGAAAAAUCCAUUCUGUCGCUAUGUACCUCAUUUGGAUCGUUCGAAAAUAUCGUUGACGGACACAAAUUUCGUUAAUUUGCUCGGAUUUAAACAAGAAAUAACUCGAAAGACUAUAUUCGAAUUGUUAAUGAAAUGGUCGUGUAAUCUUGACAAUGAUUCAUUGUGGAAAUUAGUGAAUAUGACAUCGAAUUUAAUUCCUUGUACGAUUCCAACAACAUCACGUCAAUCAUGCCGUGAUAUAAUCGAUAACAUUCGUUGUGUCUAUAUAUUUCUCGCCUCCGACAAUGAUUCAUGUGCUCUUCUUACUCGCUUUCGUCUAUGGCCACUCGUAUUUAUUCCACGAACUAGCGAAACCGGUGACUUUUUAUUCAUUAACGAAGUAUUUUGGAAAGAUUCUGAGUCAUUGCUAACAAUGAACGAUGGUACUAACUUAGAAUCGGCACAAAACACAUCUCUAGAAUCAUAUUAUGGCAGCGAUGCUAAUUUGCAACAAUUCUUUAUUAAUAUACUCCACGUGAAACUGGAACCGAUACUUGACGAUUACCUUCCGUUAUUGUCCAACGCUGCCGACAAGAAACAUGACUAUAUUUGGAAAUGUAUUGAAGUGAUCACACGAUUAGCGUUCACACAGAAUAAACAAACAUUAGUGAAAGAUAAAUGUAUCGAUUGGGCGUUUAUUCCGUGUUUGGGAGAUAAAAACAAAUUGGUCAAAUAUACUGACCGACCAUAUUAUCCGCACGACAUGAUUAUCGCUGAUCUCUUCGCAGACACGUUAUCAAUCAUUAAGCUAUCAGAAGUAUGGCAAAAAGUUUUCAGUGGUCGUUGGCCCUAUUAA